UGUGUGAGGAGAUGAGACGCAGCAGCCGGUGACUAAAAUCAAACAUUCACCUAAAUGACACGGAUCCAGCCAAUAACAGUCUGAGUUCCUCCCCCGGACCUUUACUGAGAUCCAGCGGACGGGAUCUGUUGUUGAAGGUCAUCAUCAUGAGUAAAGAAGCGCGUCCGUCCUGGGACAGUCCCAUGCAGUUUGUCCUGGCGUGUGUGUCUUAUGCAGUCGGUCUUGGGAACGUCUGGCGUUUUCCAUACCUCUGUCAAAUGCACGGGGGAGGUGGAUUUUUGAUUCCCUAUCUGUUGAUGUUGGUUCUGGAGGGAAUCCCUCUCUUCUGUAUGGAGCUGGCCAUCGGUCAGAGGAUGCGUUUGGGCAGUAUCGGGGCGUGGACGGCCAUCAGCCCGUAUCUGGGUGGACUGGGCAUCGCCAGUGUUGUGACCUCAGUGUACUUGUGUCUUUACUACAACAUCAUCAAUGCCUGGAGCUUCUGGUAUCUCUUCCAUUCAUUUCAGCCAGUGUUGCCGUGGUCCGAGUGUCCGGUGAACAGUAACCGGAGUGGAUAUGUGCAGGAGUGUGAAGUGGCUUCACCCACACAGUAUUUCUUCUAUCGUGAGACACUGAACGUCUCCUCGUCUAUCGAUGAGAAUGGUGGUGUUCACAUGGGACUGGCGUUGUGUCUUCUGCUGGCGUGGGUCAUCGUCUUCCUCUUCAUCGUCCGUGGGGUCAAAUCAACAGGAAUGGUUGUGUAUUUUACAGCUACGUUUCCAUACCUGGUUCUCAUCAUUUAUUUGAUUCGUGGCUUCACUCUUCACGGGGCCUGGAACGGAGUCAAGUACAUGUUCACGCCUAAACUGGAGCAGUUAGCAAAUCCUCAGACGUGGAUCAACGCUGCCACUCAGAUCUUCUUCUCUCUGGGUUUGGGUUUCGGCUCUCUGAUCGCGUUUGCCAGCUACAAUCAUCAGAACAACGACUUUGAGAAGCAGGCGGUCGCCGUGUCUCUCAUCAACAGCAGCACAUCAGUGUUUGCCUGUAUGGUGACCUUCGCCAUCUAUGGAUUUAAAGCCACGCUUAACUAUGAGAGCUGUUUGGAAAGGAUGAGGGUGUUAUUGCUCAACACAUUCGGUCUGUCUGAGAGUGACGUCUCUAUUGAUAACGUGACCGUCUGGAUCUCUCACCUGAAUCACACAAAUCCAGAGAUGUUUGCCACCAUCGCUUCAAAAAUAGAAGUCUGUAGUCUGGAGGCAGAAUUAGACACGGCGGUGGAGGGCACAGGUUUGGCUUUUAUCGUGUACAGCGAGGCCAUUAAAAACAUGCCGGUGUCUCAGCUCUGGUCUGUUCUUUACUUCAUCAUGCUGUUGUUGUUGGGGAUGGGGAGCAUGCUGGGUAACAUCACGGCCAUCAUCACCCCGCUGGGAGACCUUAAAAUCCUCUCACGCACAUUCAGCAACGAGACCCUCAACGGUCUGGUUUGUCUUGUGUGUCUUCUUCUGGGUUUGGGUUUCACCACCCGUUCAGGAAGUUACUGGUUCACCAUGUUUAAUGACUACGGAGCCACGUUGUCUCUGCUCUUCAUCGUUCUCUUCGAGGUGGUCAGCGUCUGCUACAUCUAUGGACUGAAAAGGUUUGAGAAAGAUAUUGAAGACAUGUUGGGUCAUCGACCUAACUGGUACUGGCGAGUGAUGUGGGCAGCGGUGAGUCCGGCUCUUCUCAUCUGCCUCUUCAUCGUUUACAUCAUCAACUACAUUCAGGGCGGCACACCAACCUAUCAGGCCUGGGAUAAAGAUCUGGGCAGAUCAGUGGUGAAGGAAUAUCCAGCGUACGGUCAGGCUUUCAUAGCUCUGCUUCUGAUAUCGUCUUUAAGCUGCGUCCCUCUGGUGGCUCUUUAUGAGUUCUGCAAGAGGAAACACAGAGGACAGCCCAUACGUCAGCGUCAGACCGUCUGCACCGUCUCAUCUGGACUUUAGAUCAACAACACAUCACAAUAGAGAUUGCUUAUAUACAGUAUAUAUAUAUAUAUGUUGUUGUUGUUCAGUAGGUGUUAUGUACAUUUAUAAACAUAUACAUUUUAAACAUGUACAUUUAUUGACAGAUUUUCUAUAUAUAUAUAAAUGUAUAGCAAUUUAUGAGAAAGUCAAUUUAUCAGAGCAGCAAAGCAGAUUUGUUUAUAUGUAACAAGGCAUUUAAGUGUUUUAGAUUGAUUGUAAAAUGAGCAAGUGAACAAUCCAAAGGGGUUCUAUUUUCUUAACGCAGGUUGGCAAAUAAUACAUAAAUAAAUAUAAAAAAACUGUUCAAAUGUGCAAAAUAUGAAUGUA